GUACGACGACAUGGGGCUCACUGAAGCCUUGGCGGUUCUUGAAUUGGGCCGCUUCAUGCAAACGGCUGUCGUUUGCCUCCUUGUUGCCGCUAUCUAUAAAUUGUUGGCAGUGCUGCUUCAGCUAUGGAAUUCCGCUGGAAAAUCUCCGAUCUUUCCAGUACCAGACGGACACUGGUUGAUGGGUCAUAUUUUAAUGGUUCAACAAGAUGAGUCUGGCAUGGAACAGCUGAUCAAAUGGGGGAAGCAGUACCCCUACGCUUUCACCGUUCGCCUCGGUCCCAUUGUUAAAUUCCUCUACAUUCACCACCCCGAUUACGCUAAAACCUUUUUGACGUCCUCAGAGCCAAAGAAUAUGUCAUACAAGAUUUUUCUGGACUGGAUUGGUGACGGCUUAGUGUUGUUGGAUGAUGACAAAUGGCUUAGCCACAGAAAGCUCCUGAAUCCGGCGUUUCGUAUUGAUAUUUUGAAACCGUAUGUGAAAGUGAUGUCCCAGGCAGCAAAUACUAUGUUGGACAAAUUGGAGCGCUAUUCGAACACCGGCGAGUCCUUUGAGAUAUGCGAACACAUGACCGCCAUGACGAUGGAUAUCAUCAUGAACUGCGCCUUUUGCUCCAAGAAAAAGACCGUGAGCCGAACACCCGAGUUUCUCAAAGUAACAAGGGAGCUCGCCGAUAUUGGCUGCUUGCGCUUCCGAAACCCUCUUUACCACAACAAGCUCCUAUUCCAUCUGAGCCCUCUCGGCUUCAGCUACAGGAGAGCCUGCAAAGUGUUUAACGGCUAUACAGAUGAAGUGAUAAAACGGAGAAAAGAACAACGAGCGCAGGAAGCGAAGGAGCCGCAUCACCUCCCGACCACCGCAAAACUGGAUUUUCUGGACACUCUCCUCUCAGUAAGAGGUCACAAUCAGGCGGGCCUGACAAAUGAAGAAGUACAAGCAGAGGUGAAGACCUUCAUGGUGGCGGGCCAUGAAUCCACCUCCGUUGCUCUCUCUUUUAUUUUUUACACUCUGGCCUGCAACCCAGAACAUCAGAAAAUAUGCAGGGAGGAGGUCACCCAAGUCCUGGGCGACAAGGACACCGUGGAUUGGGAGGAUCUGGCGAACAUGCCUUACACCACCAUGUGCAUCAAAGAAUCCCUUCGGCUUUACCCGCCUGUUCCAGUAGUUUCCAGAAAACUCACCAAACCAAUGACUUUUUUUGACGGAAGAACUUUCUUCAACGUUAGCUCUGGGAGUCACGGUCACAAUCAGGCGGGCCUGACAAAUGAAGAAGUACAAGCAGAGGUGAAGACCUUCAUGGUGGCGGGCCAUGAAUCCACCUCCGUUGCUCUCUCUUUUAUUUUUUACACUCUGGCCUGCAACCCAGAACAUCAGAAAAUAUGCAGGGAGGAGGUCACCCAAGUCCUGGGCGACAAGGACACCGUGGAUUGGGAGGAUCUGGCGAACAUGCCUUACACCACCAUGUGCAUCAAAGAAUCCCUUCGGCUUUACCCGCCUGUUCCAGUAGUUUCCAGAAAACUCACCAAACCAAUGACUUUUUUUGACGGAAGAACUUUGCCAGAAGGUUCGUUGAUUGCGCUGCAGGUGUAUGCACUACACAGGAAUGCAACCGUCUGGGAGAACCCUGACCUGUUUGACCCGUUACGAUUCCUGCCAGACAACGUUUGCCAAAGGUCUCCACAUGCAUUUGUGCCCUUCUCCGCAGGCUUAAGGAACUGCAUUGGUCAGAGUUUCGCCAUGAACGAGAUAAAAGUGGUCGUGGCUUUGAUGCUCAAGAGGUACCAGCUGAUCGAGGACCCCACUAAGAAGCCCAGGCUGCUUUAUAGAAUUGUGCUUCGCCCCAAAACUGGCAUCCACAUUCAAAUCAAACCUCUGGAUGCUUGACCAGAGGUGGCAAAACCAGUUCCAGAAAGUUAAAAAACCCUGCAACAGUUUUGGUUCAGCCACAGGUGCUUCUACUCAUUCGGUGGGGGGUGCGAGAGCUCAUCAAAUACAUACAAACACUGUAUAUCUUCAUUCAUCUGUCCAUGCAAGCGACAUAUAUUGAUCGGCAUAACAUACCAUUCAUACAACAAGAUAAGUAAUGGCUUCCUGCUUUGGGUUAAAUUAAAUUGAUUGAUCUUUAAAUGAA